AUGGAGGCGAUCGUCAUCACACCCAACUUGGUCUGGCAGGACAACGAGGAGUCGGCCAAGCGCAUCCCCCAAAAAUGGAUGAAUGAAAUUCCCCGCCUGUACAUCGCGAAAAAUCGAGCGUUGGACGUCGGCACGAUGUGGAACAAUUGGCUGCAUAUCCAGGAGGAGAUACAAAAGUGUUUUGCGGACCCAACGACCGUCACGAUUCAAGCGGAAGGACUGAAAAGAUGGGAGCGCCACUUUGAUUUUGCUGCUUAUUUCGCGGCGAUCGGUGUGCAAAUCGGGCCAAACACGACGAUUUCGGUGGCGCAGGAAGCGUUUGAUAAGUUUGCCGAACUGCUCGAUGACGGCGCAAAAUCUGAAUUUGCCGGUGAGGCGCUGGUCUACAUGAUUUUCCUGGAGAACCAGCACGGAAUGAGGCGGAGGUAUGUGACGGAAGACACGAUCCGAGAAUGCCACCAGUUCGUCACCGAGGAGGCGAUGCCGCUGUGGACCGUCAGCUUCUACCGACGUCACAUCCUCCAGAACCCGGAUUUCGACAACGAGAAGGCUAUCGUCGAAAACAUGCGCGCCGCCUUCAAGGAGACGCUCAACGAGGACGACUGGCUCGAGCCGGCUACCAGGGAGAAAAUUUUGAGCAUGCUCGAAAAACUCGACUUUUACCUCGGCGUCUUCUACGAGGCCUACAGCGAGGAGAAGCUGAUGGCACACUACAACAAGCGCCUCCCGAUGGACGCGACCAACUUCUUCGACUGGAAGAGCAGGUUCUACCAGGAUGUGGCCGGCAAGGAGUUGUUGUCCGACUCACGCUACAAGCUUCAACUAGCCGUUGACGCGUACAGCCGAAAGUUGUAUGCAUGGAUCCCACUCGGCUACCUCGGGUUCCACAGCGACGACUACGCGCUCGAGUACCAAUACGCGCAGCUGGGCUUUACGAUUGGGCACGAGAUGACACACACAUUUGAUACGAAUAUCGAAUGGAAAGGCAACGGAACCGUGUUCACCGGCAACGACCGCGAUGAGUUCGACGAGAAGACGCACUGCAUCGUCGACCAGUUCAAGAAUAUCACGCAUGCCGGCGAGUCAGGGGAGACAGUUACGGAAGCUGGCGAAACCUCGAUCCCGGAGACGAUGUCGGACAACAUGGCCGUCAGGACGUCGUUUAGGGCCUUCCGAAAGGAGCUAAACCGUCGUUACGGCCGAGAGGGCGACGCCUUCCGCCUCCCCGGUCUCGAGCAGUACACCACUGACCAGCUGUUCUUCCUGUCGUUGGCUAAUCAAAUCCACCCGCCACACAAGAGCCGUAUCAGCACGGCGAUGAAGAAUUCGGCUGAGUUCGCCAAAGCCUUCAAGUGCAAGAAAAACGCACCGAUGAACCCGGAGAAGAAGUGCCGUGUGUGGCGCUACAAGAAGCAC